AUGCCAGGCAUCUACGGCGGAGACGAGAUCAACGCCAUCGUCAUCGACCCCGGCUACUCGCACACCCGCGCCGGCUGGGCAGGCGAGGACGCUCCCAGGGCCGUCAUCCCAACCGCCUACGCCUACGCUGACAUCUCCGAAGAACAGAUCGCAGCCCUCGAAUCGGAUGCACGCUACCUCGAUGCACCUUCCUCGUCCGCUGCCAACGGCACAAGGGCGGCAGACGCAGAGGCGAGCAACGUUGAUGCCGACGGCGACCAGAGCAUGCGCGAUGCAUCACAACAGCCCGCCUCGGCACAACAGGCAGACGACCCAGCAGCACCACCAUCAGCGCCAGCGCAGGGAGGCACGUCAAACUCGACAGCACCACCAGCGACGACGGCAUCCGGCAGCCGCUCGGCCUCCCCCUCGGCCCACAACGCCCCCACCACCCAAGACUCCGACUACAGGCUCAAGGCCAACCGCGCCCGCGCAGCCAAAAAGGCCCUUUCGCUCGUCGACCGCGAAAAGAAGCGCAGGCGCUACGUCGGCGACGCAGACCUCAGCCUAUGGAGGCCCGGCAUGGAAAUCGCCCACCCGCUCGAUCAGGACGGCAUCCUCGCAGAGGCGCCCGCCUUCCAGUCGCUCUGCACCCACAGCCUCGACGUCCUCUCCUGCGACCCGAGGCACCACCCGCUCCUCAUGACCGAACCCGCGUGGAACUCGCGCGAGGCCAGGGAAAAGGUCACCGAAAUCGCCUUUGAGACGCUCCAGGUGCCCGCAUUCUACCUGGCCAACCGGACCGUGCUCAGCUCGUUCGCGGCGGGCAAGCCGACGUCGCUGCUCGUCGACAUUGGCGCCAACACCAUCUCGGCCAUCCCCGUCGUCGACGGCUUCAUCCUGCGCAAGGGCAUCCAGCGCCAGGACAAUGGCGGCGACUCGGUGUCGCGCGCCCUCCUCUACAGCCUCACCCACGAGCGGCGCACGCCCUCGGCCGACUUCCUAGGCUUGACGCCGCAGUUCCUCGUCAAGUCCAGGGCGGCCGUCGAUCCGGCCGCCGAUCCGCAGGUCAAGCUGCGCGACGACCGCGUCAAGGCCACGACGGCCUCGUACCUCUCCUACCAGCUCGACCGGCUGCUGGGCGACUUCAAGGCCUCGACGGCCCAGGCGCUCGAGGUGCCGUGGGACGAGGCCCAGGCGCGGCUGCGCCCCACCAAGCCGUUUGAGUUCCCCUCGGGCUACAAUGACUUUUUCGGCAUGGAGCGCUACCGCGCCGCCGAGACCAUCUUUACGCCCUCGCAGUGGACGGGCAGCGUGUUCACGUCGAGCGUCGCCGGCGGCGCCGUCCGCGAGGGCACGGGCGUGCUGAGCCAGGGCAAGAGCUACGAGGGCCUCACCCAGAUGGUCCUCAACGCCAUCAACGCCAGCGACGUCGACAGCCGGCCGGGCCUCUUUGGCAACAUUGUCUGCGUCGGCGGCGGCUCCUUCCUGCCCGGCCUGACGGACCGGCUCAACUACGAGCUGGGCAUCGCCGCGCCCAGCCAAAAGGUCAAGAUCCACGCGCCGGGCAAUGCGACGGAGCGGCGGCACUCGUCGUGGCUGGGCGGCAGCAUCCUGGCGUCGCUGGGCACGUUUCACCAGCUCUGGAUUUCGAAGCAGGAGUACGACGAGCACGGUCCCGCCGUCGUCCAUGCCCGGUGCAAGUAG